CCGUUAACACAUUCAAGGUGGUCUGAUAGAAACAUGGAGACUCCUAACAAAUCUAGUACCGUUAUUAGCUUCGUCUGCAGAGGAACAUUAGUGCACUCGACCCCUGAGGAGGCGCUGCAGGUCCUGGAGGAUGCGCUGCUGGGAGUGAACUCGGAUGGAAAGAUUGCUUUCAUUGAGAGAGGAGAGGAAUUACAGAAACUGUCCCAGAUCUUUGGGUUUGACCCAUCUGCAGUCACUCAACUGGAACAACAUGAGUUCUUAAUGCCUGGAAUGAUAGACACCCACAUCCAUGCAUCCCAAUACAGCUAUUCAGGCACAGCAUUGGACAUGCCUCUGCUGCAGUGGCUCAACAACUACACUUUUCCCGUGGAGUCACGCUUUAAGGACUUGGAGUUUGCAAAUAAGGUCUACACCCAAGUGGUGAAAAGGACUUUAAGAAACGGAACAACCACUGCAUGUUACUUUGCCACCAUACACACUGAUGCAUCCCUUCUGCUUGGUCAGAUUGCAAAUGACUUUGGGCAGCGUGCCUUAGUAGGUAAGGUGUGUAUGGACAGAAACGACUUUGUAAAGCAUUACAAAGAAACCUCUCAAGAGUCUCAAGAUGAGACCUAUCGGUUCAUCAAAGAACUUCUGAGCAAAAAGUACCCUCUGGUGAAGCCUGUGGUCACUCCACGUUUUGCACCAUCCUGCACAGAAGCCCUGCUUGCUCAGCUGGGAGCUAUUGCCAAAAAUAACAACCUGCAUAUUCAGAGUCACAUCAGUGAAAACCUGGAGGAAGUAGAGCUUGUAAAGCAGCUUUUUCCCAAAUCAGGGUCUUACACAGACAUCUAUAAUAAAUGUAACCUUCUAACUGACAAGACGGUUAUGGCCCAUGGUUGCCACCUCAGUGAUGAAGAAUUGGCUCUAUUCAGAGAAACAGGAGCUGCUUUGUCCCACUGUCCCAAUUCAAACAUAUCGUUGUGCAGCGGAGUGUUGGAUGUACGCAACGUUCUAAAUCACAAAGUGAAGCUAGGGUUGGGUACAGAUGUAGCAGGAGGCUACUCCUCAUCUAUGCUUGAUGCUGUGAGAAGAGCCCUGGACUCAUCCAAAGUCCUGACCAUCCAGGACCCAAAACACAAAACGCUCACCUUUGAGGAGGUCUUCAGACUGGCCACACUGGGAGGGAGCCAAGCCCUCUCCCUGGAUGAGCAAACUGGAAACUUUGAAGUGGGAAAAGACUUUGAUGCCCUGAGAGUUAAUGUGGCUGCUCCAGGGGGACCCAUCGACCUGAUCGAAGAUGAAAAUCCAAAGGUUCUUUUGGAGAAGUUCUUGAAUUUGGGUGAUGAUCGAAACAUUAUGGAGGUGUUUGUUGCUGGGAGAAAAGUGGUGCCUUUGAAAAAGCCAUGAGCAGACAUACCUUCCUCACAAGGACAUUUUAGGGCAGAUUAUUUAAUAGAGCCUGAGUUAAGCCAAGCCUGAAUUUAGUCUGGAAUCAGUAGAUUUUAAAUCAGGAAACAAGGCACUUUUUAAAUACUAGGAAGUUUGUCUUUUCCAAGAUAUCAUUACCCAAGAGAUUUACAGUAUUAUUUACUACUUAUGCACCUUCUUUCUUGUAUAGUAGGCCUAAUUAAUCCACACUGAAAAAAAAGGUUUUAUUCCUGCACACAUUGAUUAAGUUGUAUUACGACAAUCAGUAACAUAUGACUUGGUGCUUUUCAUUGUACUCAGGGUGCAGAAACUGCAGUAGUUUUGAUGCCGUUUUUUUAGGCCUCUGUGUUGAAAGAUUCCUUGUGGCAGAAGCUGAAGCUGAGCUUUAACCACUGGACACUCCAACAAAAUACAGCCUUGACAAAAAAGUGUUGAAGUGAAAAGAGAAAUUGAUCUUUUUUUUUUAGUCACCUUAUCAGUGACUAAAUUGGUUUAGUUCUUUACAUCUUUGGGCAUACACCAAUAAAGGAUUGAUCUUAUAUAUAUAUAUAUUUUGUAAUAUUUUGAUAUGCACUUUUGAAAUAAUAUUGAAUUUAGAAGAAAGCAAACUUUUUCACUUUUCUUAUUAACAGUAUUUAACUCAAGUUUGCUUUUUACUGAAAGGGUUGCUAAUUAAAUCUAAACACUGCACGCUGUGACUGAGUUAUUUUUUGUGUUUAAGAUCAUUCUCAUUGUUGUUU